AUGAACACAACAGCAAAUGGAUCAAGUUCCUCGAGCUGCUCCAGUCUGAUAAAUCCAGAAGCAGUAAAAGUUGGAAAAACAGUUGCUUAUAGUUUAAUCCUUGUAGUCUCGCUGGUUGGAAAUUCUCUCAUCGUAUUAAUAGUUUACAAUACACCAACUUUAAGAAAACCGAUAAAUGUGUUGAUCGCAAAUAUGGCCAUGUCUGACCUGCUCUAUCCAAUAUUCUUGUUCCCCGUUCGACUGGCAGAGUUGAACGUUGGCCUGUGGCUUAUUGGUGGUUCCCUUGGUCAGGCCUUGUGCAAGAUACUCCCUUUUCUUACUGAAAUUUCCAUGGUAGUGUCGAUUCAGAGCCUGGUUCUGAUAACAGUGGAUCGAUAUGCAGCUGUUGUAGUUCCACUCCGUUCACCCCUCAUCAGUCGCAAGGUGUGUCGCUGUUUGAUUGUUGCUACAUGGAUACUCGCAGUGCCCUUUUGUUGGCCAUAUUUGUUUAACUUCAAUCUUGUUGAAUGCCAAGAAGGAAAGAGAUGCAUGAAUCAGUGGGAGGCGAUCUUCGGAGAGAAAAGCUCAUUUGGUAUUUACCUCCUAUCAGCUUCUAUCUUGUUCUUUUACAUCCCCUUUGUCGUCUUGGUGAUACUUUACUCCAUCAUCCUGAUCAAGCUUAAAAAGCAAGCCCAUCCAGGUGAACAGUCAGCCCGGGCAGAGGAACAGAGGACAAGAAGAAACAGAAAUGUGCUUAAGAUGACCGUUGCUAUCGUUGUAGUGUUUUUCAUUUGCUGGAUACCCUUUUCCAUUAAGUUAGUAACAUCUUAUUUUGUUCCCAAAACCACUUUGGAUUGUAAGUUUCUGGUAUCUCUUGAUGUUGCCUUGUUUAUGGCUUACACAAACUGUGCUAUCAACCCGAUUAUCUGCCUUACCUUUACCAGUAACUAUCGCCAAGCUCUUAGGAGACUUGUGAAUUGCUGUGGUGCAGUGCAAGGUUAAAGGCGCUAUGUCAGCUGGAGAGCAUGCGCUCUGAGGUUAUGCAAAUUACUUUCAACUGUCAAAAUUCUAUUGUUUUUAACGCGUGACUUUCUCCAUGUGCGCUGUGAGGUUGUGCAAAUUACUUUCAACUGUUAAAAUUCUAUUGUUUUUAACGCGUGACUUUCUUCAUGUUCUCUGUCACGUCCAAGGUUCCGAAUUUAGAGAGGUUUAGCGAAAUGGGUUUAGAUAAGGGAUAUUUCGAUAGAAUUUAUGGAACGUUUCUUCUCUGGUUAUGCUAGAUCAAGAAUAAAAUUGCGACGACAAUUUUACUUGUAGUUUUGAAGUAAAAACGCAUGCCAUUCAUAAAAUAGAGCGCAAACAAAAAUUCAACAACAACAUAUUGUCUUAUUCAACAAAAUAAAUGGAAGUUGUAUUUUACAAACGAGCUACAAAAGACGCUAGACCGAAGAUAAAGACCAAGACUGUUUCAAAUCAUUAACAAUUAGACUUGUCUGUCGCUAUUGAUUUUAUAAUUUAGAUGCUGAUAGAACAAGAGACCAAGUCUUUGUUUUGAUCUUAGGGAAACAUACAUUAUCACGCAAAAUUGUUCGAUCGUGCCGAAUCACUGCGACGUCGAGAAAAACAGAACCCAGCAUCACUGGUAUACUACUCCACUAUAAGCAGUCCGUUGAUAAAAAGGGAAAGCAAACUCUGCUAUUUUCCAAAAUUAUGCUCCAACACAAACAGUUCAAAAACAUGGCAUUUACAGGAUCUAACUCGUACUAAGGUGCCUCUCUAAGUCCGUUGAGAACAAUCUGGACGAGCAAACGGUCGUGUUUAUCUUUGCCGUGAAUCGAGAUAAAUACAAGAAGGAAUCUAGCCGAAUUUUAUAAUGUUUCCUUCGCCAGGAGUUUAGUUUCGUCACGAAACUCAUGGCCUGAUGCUCUUGUAAUCGUUUACAAAAAACGGCCGCCGCCAUCUCGAUAGCCGCUUCAUUAUAUGUCCACAUACUUUGAGCACAAGAAAAAUCCAAGAGCCAGCAGCCUCUAAAAUAACUCAAUAGAAAGGUCCUGUGAACUAUAGGGAAGAUUCCAUCAAAGAUUCCAUCACUCAUUGUGGAGUAGCCGUCAUUAACUCUGCCAUUACAACGGCCGCUGAUAAGAGGACACAGUAAAUCCACGUAAAAACAUUCCACAGGCAAACAAUUUUAAAAUAACGUCAAAAAAUUGUUCUGUAAUCACCAUAGAAUGAUUCUUAAUACAAAACUUUGCUAACUAUCGAACGAUGGCUGAGAUUUAGACAGAUAAAAACAGCCUUCCAAAAUCUCCGACACAACUUGAAAAAGUUGGGCCGUCUUUUUCAAGUUUGUUUUCAUUGGCUCGCGCAUGCGUGUGUGACAUAGCCCCUUUAAGUGAAAUCUAGGCCUGAUCGAAGUGAUUCUUGAAAAAAAGCGACCAAUAUUAAUAACUUUACCUUAAAAGUUAAUAAUACCGAAAAUUAAACCGGUAAACUGUUAAAAUGCGGGUUACCCUGAACUGGAAGCCGAGUAUGAAAUUCGGUAGCAAGCUUUCUCGCUUCUCUUUUUGAGGAAAAAUGUAAAGAGUGUUUUUUCUCUGUUUUUAGCAGUUGCUUUUUCAGUGGAAUGCCGUAUUAUCCUAUAUCGUUUAUAUGCUGAGUCUAUUUUAACUGCAUGGCGAAGUGAUCUUCCCUUUGUUUUUUUUUUUUUUUUUUUGGGGGGGGGGUUAUUGUGAAAACGUGCCGGCGUAAGGAAGUGGCAGCAAUAUUUUAUUUUACUUGCAAACAUUCUGCUCCCUAGAGUAGUAUUUGGAAUAUAUUUUUAAUUACUUAUUUCAGAACUGGAAUAGCAGGUCAGUAGAACGGCGGAUUCUCGGGAUUAUUCUGUAUGUAUUCCUGUUGCGAUCGAGCCAAGUUAGAGUUAGUGUUGGUUCUGCUGUUUUUAAAAGUGAGAAUUAGAAACGUGUAAAAAAGAGUAGUAAAAAGAGAAGUGCCAUCGUAAAUGUUAAUAGUUGGAUCAUAAUUAUCUGCUUUUGUACAAAUGGUUAUUGUAUGUUGUACAUACAACCUUAACAGGCUUAGAUGUAUAUAUAUAUAGCUAUUCCGCCGCGAAAUUACUUCAGCUUUCUUAGACUGCCUUAAUCACUUUGAUUGCUAUGAUGACUUUCUGAUUGCAUUUUGUUUCUGAGCUCAACGACUUAGUGAAUAAAAUUUCAUUAAUUUUGUAGCUGACAUUGUUUUGCUCUACUAAGUAUCUCCUCUCUUACAUUUGUUAUUUUCCAUUCUAGGACGCCAUUUUACUUAUCAGAAUGUAUUCAAUUGAUUGCAUAAAUGUACGCUCAAUAAAGAUGAAACCGAAUUUCUUUGUCAAUAUGGUCUAUCAAAUGUGUUAUUUUAACUCUUUUACAGUAUCUAAAUCUACUGACUAUUUAAGGUUAAAUUAACAUUUUCUUGUAACCUAGCUAUUCUAUUUAGUUAUAUUAAUGAGAAGUAUCUACAAAAAUGGGUUCUCGGAGAUGCAUCCCGGGUAGUUUUUUUUAAUUAGGUACUUUGAAAUGGUCUCUAACUAAAUGAAGUGCGUUAUUUUAACCAAAAAUGUUGGUCAUUAAAUUUUAGGGAAUCACUGAGCUAAGUUUGGUGGUCCUUGCUUGAACAGUUUUGAAGUACUUUAACUUUUUAGCGAUCAGAUUUCUUCUUUUUGUAAAUCAAAAAAAGAAUAACUACGCCAAAAUUAAGGGAGAAACAUUGUCGUAUAGACCUUUCCCGCAUUCCGCUCCAGUGAGCAAACAUAAAGAAAUGAGGACGAGGCUUGGGUGGACAAUUUCAUACAGAUCACUGUAAUUUGUCCACCCGAGCCUCGAGUUGGUGCAUUUGUUUACUGGAAUGUGGGAAAGGUCUUUUUACUACCAUGCAUUGUGUUUUUGUAAGAGAUUUAAUGAGCGCGGUUAAACUGUUUGGAUUACGAGUUACCCUGACGCCGAGAGAAAAAUUCAGUAUAUUUUUCGCAUUUUUUUUGUGAGGAAAAAUAUUAAGCUUAAGAGUUUUUUUCUCUCUUCCAGAGAACUAGCCGUUUCUGCGGAAUGCGUUUCCUAGCUUGUUUAUAUGUUGAUGAUUUUCACCGACGACUUGGUGAAAACUUGCCGCCGCACGGAAAUGAAGUAACUAUUCCGUUUUCUUCCAAACAUUCUGCUCCCCUGGGCGAUAUUUGGAAUAACUAUUCCACUUAUUUCAGAGCUGCAAUAGCAGGUCAAUCGAACGGAUUUUCCGGAUUAUUUUAUCUUUUUCUUUUGUGGUCAAGCCAAGUUUUAAAAGUCUUUUUUCGGAGUAACAAAAAAUUUCUCAAAAAAGCUUUUUUGAAAACGAGAGUAGCCGUCCAAAACUCUCAGAGAUCUUGGUAUAGAGUACCAAUCCUUAAUAGAACGAACUGAAAAAGAACGACCACCCUCCGCGCUAAUUAUAUCUAGGACAAAGCAAAUUUAAAUUACAAUUUCUUGUAUUCCUUAUACGCAUACUAUGCUUGAAUUUGUAACCAGAAGUUUGUUCAUUUAUAAUUAGGAGUGUUUCCUUUAAGUCUCUUGUGAAUGAGUGCGUAUCGAUUUAUGUGCGACUCCCUAUAAAAAGGAAUCCAAUUACAGCCGUUACCAUUAACACGCGCCCUCAAAGGUUUUUUUUCUUCGGGUUCAAACCUGCGUUUUGGUGGACGUCAAUCAACCGUUACCAUGGUUUUUCACGCGUUGGCCCAGAGCCGACUCUUUCCCCGUUUCUCGAGCGCUCGGAAGAACAAGUCGUUUUUGCAAUACUUUGCUACAGGAUCUGGCACCGCUUCAUGUCAAGACUACGAGGAGUACGAAUUUGUUGAGUGUUUGUCGGAGGAAACUCAAAUUAUCGACUUAUUUACAAACUGUAAGUUACAACCACAUAAGCUUUCUUAAUGCACGCUCGCAACUCGUCUGAAUUCUUGCUAGCUCUGGAUUCUAUUCAGGCCCGUAGCCAGGUUUUUUUUUAUGGGGAGGUACGAUCCAAAAAGGAGACGCACCAAAUAAGGCCGGACUGGUUAGUCCCUAGGCGGGGGAAGCUUUGGUUGUAUGAGACUGAAUUGCGCGGCAAGUUUACAAUUGGGGGACGGGGCGCUUGAAUUCGAACGCGUUAACGUGUGCCACUUAGGGCUAUCCGGGGGUAUGCUCCACAGGAAAAUUUUAAAUUUUAGGCCCUCUGAAAUGGCUGGAAAUGCAUUUAAAACUAACAUGGUGUGGUGAAACUUAUAUACUUUCAACAACAACAAAAAAAAGUCGCAAUAGUCUAAAAAGUGAUAUUUUGGGGGGUCGAAAUGGCUUCUGCGUACCACUGACGUAAUGAGAAAAGCUCAAAAUGGAUCAUCUGGACCUCUACUGGCGCUACAUCGCGUUUCCCACAACAUGCCGCAACGUCUUAACGAAAUGUGAUAAAAAAGAAAUAAAGAAGGCACGCUGGUUACUGAACUUCUGAUUACAAGUAAUCGAGAGAGCAAUUAAAGCAUCUUUUAAAAAUUUCAUGCAAAAAAGUUUUGAUCAAAAGUUACAGCUCAACAAAUUAGAGGAACGAACUUUUGGGAUACCCUGUACUCCUGAUUAAUGGCUUUUAUUAAUUGUAAAGACUAAUCUUCCCGAAUUUAAAGAUAUAUGGAAAGUUAAUGAAGAUUCGAUAAUUAUCCGAUCAAUAGACUUUUAAGCUUCUAGAACAAUCUUAAGGAAGAAAGAGUUGGCUAGUAAGAGAGAAGACAAACGGAGUUAGCAAGAGGGAGUUAGCAAAUGGACAGCAAGAUUUAGAGAUUGUUGAAGGAAAAGUUAGUCAGAGAUAGAGAGAGGGAGUGAACUAAAGCAGCAGCGAAGGCUUAAACUUAAAGAUAAGUGAAAUGGAAGAGAAGUAAGAAUGGACAACCGCCCUGCGAGUAACUAAAAUAAACCCUGAAAAUGUAACUGGUUGAUUGUGGAGUUCCUCUCGUCUCGCCGUCCCCAUGAAAUAUACGACACACAAAGAUCGUGUAUCACGACUAACGAAAACGCGAAAGACUUUGUGAAUGCUAAAAGCCCUGCCAGACCAGUAAGAAUCUCUACUCGCAGGAUAUUUUAAACACAAAAUUUCCCACACAAUAAAAAAAAAAUAAAUAAAUAAAUAAAUAAAUAAGCGCCUCGUAGCCCUUAUUUUAUAGUGUUAAAAAUUUUCAAUAAUUUCGUAUAUAAACGACGAUUAACGAGAAUAUAAUUUUUUAAAAAAUCUAUUGACCGGUUUCAAAAUUAUUUUGUUGAUGUAUAGGCCAAAAUAUAUACUUAAAUGCCAAAAAGAGCAUCUCAUGAAUGCUAAUCAAAUUCCUCUUUUUGCAAUCGGCUAAAACUAUCCCUUUGAUUCUUUCAGGUCCAAGUAGUUUUCAUUGUAACCCAUCUAGAACUCAAUUCAUUUUUUAAAUUGCUAUUUGCAUUUACAUUGAGAAUAUUUCUCAAACGUUUCAUCAAAAGUAGGCGUCACUGGAGACUAAAGUAACGUUUUUGUCACAAUAUUAAACACAGCGACGGUUAAGUGGUAUCAUUUUCAGUAACUUUUAAAACUAACAAGCACACACAAAAACAAAAUUGCCGCCGAUAACGAAGACCUCUGCAGGAGGAGUAGAUAACUUGUCUACGUGCCCCAGGGUGCUCCCAUUCAAGCUAACUAAACAUGUUCAAUUAAACCAUUAUUUUAAAAAAUGAAAACGGACACGAAAAACAGGAAGACAGGUUUUUACACAGGAUGGGGUAAUAAAAUUCAACGCGUUUUGUAAUUUGCAAUAACGUUGCCAUCUACUUAAGGUGUAUUAUAAAGGAAAAAAAAAAUUACCUUGUUUGACUAAACAGCUUUUAAACAUAGACCGAUCAAUAUGAAGAACUUCGAAAAUAAAAUCGAUAAAACAAAGCAAUUGACUUUACACCGUCUGCGCCAAUAUCAAAUAGAGGCUAAAAGUCAGUGAAAGUUAGCUUGGGGAGAAAGUGAAUGUUAGCUCGGGGAAAAAUAAUUUUUGGAUAUUUACGAACAGGUGUAUGUGCCACUAAUAAUGUCAAUGGUCAUGUUGGUCAGAACUAUUCGUGGCGUUUUUAAUUUCUAGAAAUGAGUAUUCGUCAAUUGGUUCGUCGGCGUUGACGCAAAUGCAAAAGUUUAAUUGAUAUAGAUAUGUGGCGCUAGUGCGAAAGUCUCUAGUAAACUCUCUUUCCGAUCGUUUUAUUUAUAUUUAUUAUUCUUAUUUUAUUCGGAAAGAAUCAAUCAUCUAUAUUGUAUGGCAUUGUUUUUUUUUUUUUAAUUAAACAAUCAUUCCACCCCCGAUUACUGGAGCACCGCUACCAAUAACAUCAGUAAACAAGACUUAGAAGUAGCUUCAAUGCUUGGAUUAAUGUGAGGGAUUGAACCAUUUUGAGAUGCAGUGCAGUAAAUAUUAACAGGCCACCAGGUGAGUGUCAGAUAAUUUUUUAUAAUUUUCUGGGACCAGUAAACUCUUCUGUUAUCUACUCACUGUCUACUGGCAUAAGUGUUCGUGAAUCGACUUUCGAUUUUUAAUUUUCACUUUUCACUUUGAAGAUCGAAUUUAAAUAUCGACUUUUGAUUUUGCGUUUUGACGUGGUGAGAGAAGCGAAAAAUGCCGUGAGCGUUAUUUGCCGUUAAAAAAUUGAAAUUGCUGUGAGUAAAUUGAAAUUGCCGAGAGCAAAUUGAAAUUGCGUGAGCAAAUUGAAAUUGCCAUGAACAAAUUGAAAUUGCCGUGAGUGAUAUUGAAAUUGCCGUGAGUAAAUUGAAAUUGCCCGGCAACAAAUUGAAAUUGCCCUGAGUAAAAUUGAAAUUGCCGUGACACUUUUGGGUCACCGUAAUUAUGAUUAUCAUUAAAUGUCGCUAGUGCGGAUAUCUGAAAUAUGUGUCUAUAUGCUUUUAUAUGUAGGGCUUUUUAUGGACACUGGUUUAGCCGUCAUUAGUAUAAUUCGAUUGUAUGAUCUUGAUAUCUCUGCAUAAUGGAAUUCUUAAUUUUAUAGAAUUUUGAACUUUUAUUAUUGAUCAUAUCUAUUUCCUCCUCUUUUAUGUAAGGUUAAGUUACUUCUGUUUUUUAGAAUUUGUAAAUGAAUAAUUUUCUCUUUCUUCACUUAUUAUAUAUAGGAUUGUUUUUGUUCUCUAAUGAAGGAAUUGUAGAUAGUGUUUUGAUGAAUUGAUUAGAUUUUUUGUAACAGCAGGUUGAUUGUAAAUAGGAUUUUAAUUGAGGUUUUGUAAUAAAGAUUUUACCAUUUAUCAUAUUAUUAUUAUUAUUAUUAUUAUUAUCAUCAUACACACCCCUUUUAACAGUACGGUUACCAUUUAUAAUACUUCAAACGGAAAAAAAUAUGCAAUGGCAACUUAAAGCCAAACUGAAACCAUCGUCCGUAAACUUUGUCUUUUUUCAAGUGACAUUGCCUCAGCUCUAAAAAAUUAACAGGUGGAAGAGCUAACAAAACCUGAGAAGAGGAUACAACCUGCAAUAAUGAAUUUAUUCAAAUUGUUUAGUUUAAGUGUCGUAGACAAAGGGUAACUAAUAGACCAGCAGAUAGACAAUUUAACCGCUCGUGAUCUUAAAGCCACAACCGACUCUGUGUUGCUUCCUACGGUUUUCUUGUUUUCUUAGAAAUUCUCUGUGAGAACAGCCAAAAUGGCGGAUGCUCUAGGCAAUCGCAGUUUCUUUUUAACAAGCGUGGAAGUCUUCUAUUUGAACUGUGGAAUACAAGUUUAUUGUUUGAUUUAAAUUGUAUAAAUUUGUUAAUGGGAGACUCGCUUUUAGCCCUGUCUAAAUCUAUAUAUUACUAUCGUUAAGGAGGAAGUAUAAGUAUUAUAGUAUUAGCUAGUAUUAUUAGUUUACAGAUCAAUAACGAGAUCUGACCGCGAUUAUAAGACGGAAGUAUUAAUCAUAUAGCAUUAUUUGAACGUAGGUGUUGUGGAAGCAGCAAAGACUCAAGAGAACAGACCCGUCGAGAAGUCAGCAAGCAUGAACUCAACAGCAAAGCUGCUCCAGUCUGAUAAAUCCAGAAGCAGGUCUGGAAGAAUUGGAGCAACAGUUUCUCUCAGUUUGAUCCUUGUUGUUUCGCUGGUUGGAAAUUAUUAAAAACUGAAUCAUUGGAUAAAGCAAUUCUAGAGCUCUGAUUGGCUUAGCCAUCAUGGUAUAUGAGCCAUUAUACCGUGCUCUCCAAAUAUGGUAACUGUACGCGUCUGCAUAAAAAAAAAAUCAGUCUUUUACAAAUAAUAAAGUAGGGAAGAAUUCUCGAUAUUUUGUGGGCGUUUUUAAUAAAACAAGUAUCCCACUCGCGCUGGUUGGACAUAAGAUAAUUAUGAUUAUGGCCAACUUGGCUCUACGCGCCUCGUUGGCUAACUACCAUCUCAUAUCCAACGCGCACUCAUGGAAUAAUUAGCAAUUAAUGAAUGAGGCUGAGUAGGAUAUGAAGAAUUAAGCGGAUCGAGGAAGGUGUUAUCCACCGAGGCCGUAGGCCGAGGUGGAUAACACCCUUCCGAGAUCCGCUUAAUUCUUCAUAUCCUACGAAAGCCGAAUUCAUUAAUUGCUUUAUUAUUUAUUAAAAUAUUUUCAAACACUUAAAGGAUUAUGAUGAUUAUUUUUUUUUUCGUUUCUGUGUCCGCUUACCGACAUGAUGUGUCGCGCUUCAAAUCCACUUCUGUCGAGUAUAGUUAUGGUCGUUAUGGUGUUUUUAUGAAGGAAAAAAAAAAUUAUACCAUGUUUAACUAAACAGCUAUUAAAUAUAGACCGAUCAAUAUGAAGAAAUUCGAAAAUAAAAGCGAUAAGAUAAAGCAAUUGAUGGUCUAUAAAGCUUAGCUUUAUCUGAUAAGAUGCGGUUUUUCCUUUAACUUUCUUUUUAUGAAAAAACAAAGGUUGGUUUUCAGUUGGGGUCUUAGAAAAAAAGAUAUAAUUUAUUUUUAAUUUGGUGGACCUUACUUAAUUAAACAACCGUCUUUUACAAAUGCAUAGGAUAGGAGGUAAUUAGGGCGUUUUCACACGGAAAAACGAAGUUGCAUCGUUAAAGAAAAAUGUCAGUUAAUACAAAUAUGACUUUAUAUCGUUUGCGUCGUUAACAAAUAGAGGCCAAAGUUAAAUGUUUAUUUAACAAUUAGUUCAUGCGUCAGCGUGCGUAUAUCAAGAUAUAAGGCAAACGGGAAGUUUGGGAAGUGAGAAUUGCUCUAGCCGCAGACGGAAUGGCAAAGUUCAAGUUAAGCACUAGUUAAUACAGAAUUGACUUUAAACCGUCUGCGCCAAUAAUAGAGGCAAAAGUCAUUGAAAGAUAGCUUAGGGGGAAAGUGGAAAUUAGCUCAAAGAUGAAUAAUUUCUCAGUUGUUUUUAGUAAAUCAACCACGAACAGAUGUGCUACCAUAAAUGUUAAUGGUCACGCAGAUCAUAACUAUUGGGGGCCUUUUCUUGAAAUGAGUAUUCAUCAAUAUAGGUCCGUUAAUUUGGCGUUGACGCAAAUGCAAAUGUUUUGAUAUUGACAUGUGGUACUAUUGUGGAAGUCUCUAAUGUCUCAUUCGGUUUAUUCAUAUUUAUUCAUAUUUUAUUGGGAAAGAAUCGAACAUUGAUAUUUUAUGUUUUUUUUUUUAAUAAAACAAUCAUUCCACUCUCGCUUCCUGGAUAUGGGAUAACUUUAUGGCCAGCAAGACACGUACAGGCAAGUAUCCAACGCGCGCUCGCGUGGAAUAAUUGUUAAUUAUUGCGUAUUCAAUUCAAUGCGGCAUAAAAUGGAUCUAUAAUGAUAGCAUGAUUAUUGCCACUUCCUUCUGGUCAGGAAUAAUGUUUGCGUUUUCUUUAUUUUAGGUACCAUCUGAGAGAGCUUGAGGGGGCUACGUCUUUACUUACAUAAUAAUUGGUAGAAUGUAAAGGACAAAGUGAGAACCGCCAGGAGGUAUUUUCAAGCGAAAAGACCUGCCGAAGAACCUACAGUAAACAUGAACACAACAGCAAAUGGAUCAAGUUCCUCGAGCUGCUCCAGUCUGAUAAAUCCAGAAGCACUAAAAGUUGGAGCAACAGUUGCUUAUAGUUUAAUCCUUGUAGUGUCGCUGGUUGGAAAUCUUCUCAUCGUAUUAAUUGUUUACAAAACACCAACUUUGAGAAAACCGAUAAACAUGUUGAUCGCAAACAUGGCCAUGUCCGACCUGCUCUAUCCAAUAUUCUUGUUCCCCGUUCGCCUGGCAGAUUUGCACGUUGGCUCGUGGCUUAUUGGUGGUACCCUUGGUCAGGCCUUGUGCAAGAUACACGCUUUUCUUGCUGAUAUUUCCUCGUUAGUGUCGAUUCAGAGCCUGGUUCUGAUAACCGUGGAUCGAUAUGCAGCUGUUGUAGUUCCACUCCGUUCACCCCUCAUCAGUCGCAAGGUGUGUCGCUGUUUGAUUGUUGGUACAUGGAUACUUGCAGCGGCCUUUCUUUGGCCAUAUUUGUUUACCUUCAAUCUUGUUGAAUACCAAGAAGGAAAGCGGUGCAUGAAUCAGUGGGAGGUGCUCUUCGGAGAGGGAAGCUCAGUUGGUAUUUACCUCCUAUCAGCUUAUAUCUUUUUCUAUUACAGCCCUUUUGUCGUCUUUGUGAUACUUUACUCCAUCAUCCUGAUCAAGCUUAAAAAGCAAGCCCAUCCAGGUGAACAGUCAGCCAGCGCUGAGCAACAGAGGACAAGAACAAACAGAAAUGUGCUUAAGAUGACCGUUGCUAUCGUUGUAGCGUUUUUCAUUUGCUGGAUUCCCUUUUCCAUUCAGGUAGUAACAUUUUAUUUUGUACCAAAGAACACUUUGGAUUGUAAGUUUUGGGUAUCUUCUACUGUCGCCUUGUUUAUGGCUUACACAAACUGUGCUAUCAACCCGAUUAUCUGCCUUACCUUUACCAGUAACUAUCGCCAAGCUUUUAGGAAACUUGUGAAUUGGUGUGGUGCAGUGCAAGGUUAA